AUGGAGAAACCUCCUGCCGUCGUCAUCAUCGCCCGCCACGGAGCGCGCAUCGAUGCCGUCGACAAGGAAUGGCACUUGACUUCGCCCACACCCUACGACCCUCCUCUCACAUACGGUGGAUGGUUACAAGGGCGCGCUCUUGGGGCUCGUAUUGCCAGCCUGUUGAGGGCGAGAGAAGAGUCCGUGCAGAAUCAUUCACCCACUGCAAGCAGCUCGACUACAACGCUCCAAGAUGCGGUUGAUUCCGGCCCAGAAGAACUGCACCAGAGAGUGCCGAAGAAAGUGCGGCAGCAUAGGGUGGUCAUCCAUUCUUCCCCCUUCCUCCGCUGCGUCCAAACCUCGAUUGCGAUCAGUGCGGGCAUGAGCCAGUAUCACCGCGUUGAAAGGGAACGGCUCGGCGCCGAGGGUUCGCCGACGCCAGAUAUUUCAUCUGAGGAGAUAUCGCCGUCCACAAGCCCAUUCCGGUCGUCGACCCCAAAUAUGCUAGAGAGGCUAGCCAAGUCUGGGGACAAGGACAAGAUAAACGGCCAUGCGAAACAACCCAAGGCGGUCUCAAAGACCCGCCUGCGAAUCGAUGCCUUCCUAGGAGAAUGGCUAUCGCCAGACUACUAUGAUCAGAUAACUCCCCCUCCAGGAUCAGUGAUGAUGGUUGCGGGAGCAAAGGCAGACCUCUUGAGACGUGGUGAGGGUCUUCCGCGUGCCAAUGACUCUGCUUUCCAGUCCCCCACCGGCCACUUUCCAGGUGGAUGGAAAAAUAGCUCGCUACCAUCGUCACCUGCCACGGACAAUGAAGAAGACAAGUUCCCAGGCAUGGGUUCACUAGCCGAUGCUUUGCCCCAGGUCGGCCGCUCAGGACACGAUGAUGGACUGCGCGGCGGACGAUUGGUAAAAGGAUUUACUAUCCGUGAUGUGUUGUCCCGAGCACAUUCACACAAUCAUGAAGAAUUUUUCGAAGGCUACAUUCCUCCACUCCCAUCCUAUGCCAUCUCACCGGCCGAUUCAAUUCCCGCCGGCUACGUUGCCCAUGCAAGAGACGCCUGCGUUGAUGUCGACUACCAGUGGGACAGUAUGAGAGACCCACCGAAUUGGGGAGAUGGAGGAGAGUAUGGUGAGGAAUGGAGUGCGAUGCAUAAGCGCUUUCGGAAUGGCCUUUUGAAUCUACUGGAUUGGUAUGCCCAUGAGAAACCACAGAGCCAUGGACACCACCAUCGGCAUCAUCAUCAUCACGAGGACGACGAAACAGACACAGUAGUGGUCCUUGUUACACAUGGAGCUGGUUGUAAUGCUCUGAUUGGUGCACUGACAAAUCAACCAGUCCUCAUAGAUGUGGCCAUGGCUUCCCUCACAAUGGCAGUACGCAAGGACGUCUUCAAAAUCAAGGAUUCAGACAACCAGCCAAGAAAUAAGAAACAGGAUGAGCAGGAUGAACAUACUCGUCAGGUGUCUGACAUAUCUGUUCUUGAAGCUUACGACUUAUCUCUGAUUGCAUCAACGGAGCACCUCGAUGUUACGUCCAACCCUCUUGCGAUUCCUCAGCUCCCUCAUCCUGGUCUUGAACGGUCCAGGUCGAUUUCAGCAUAUCGGCAUCGAGGUGACGGACGCCCAGUUCUUAUUCCAAACAGCUACGAAAUAUCUACGCAACCCACCCGUAAUCCUGGCUUACACCGGGCAGCUACAACGAAUUCAUCCCGCCAUCAUCGUUCUCGAGAAGGUUCUGGCUUGUGGGGAUCGAUGUCGUCUGAAGUUGACAAGGACAGUGUUCUAGAAGAAAAAGACAGCAUGCCUUACUUCAGCCAGCCUGGAUUGUCGGGCAGCAACCCAAAUGAAAUAUCUCCUCAAACAUCAAUAAACGCGAAGCCGUCAUCUUCGAAACCGCCACUAGAGGAAGUUAAAUCACAGCGAGGACUUUGGAGUAGCGCAAUUACCGCGCAGGAACGCGAACCAGCUACAAAGCGAAGAUGGACCGUCAGCGAGCGUCGCUAG